GAGUGCCAGAUGGACGAAGCGCUGGUGUGUGUUGACACAGACGGAAGUGGUGCUGUCGAGUUCACUGAACUUCUUGCUGCCUCCCUCACCUUGGCAGACUUAAAAGCCAUGGAACCAACGUGCAGCGUAGCCUUCCGUCUGCUGGAUCGCAAUGUCGAUGGCUUCGUUUCUGCAAACGAUCUGCUCUCGAUUCUGCACUUUGACCCCCGGUCCGACUUGGAGGGCGUCUUGUUUCUGCAACGGCAGCGCGCUGAUGCGGCGGUGGCUGCGUACGAGGCCGCUGCAGCCGCUGCGGGUGUCCAUACACCCCCUGCGGGAGCGCUGCUGGAUGAGACAGACUUGACAACAGGAAGGGAUGAACAGGGUCAAGUCAUUCAGGUGCCUUUAGGGGCCUCGCACGUCCUUCAGCUAGAGGGAGUGACUGCGGCAACAGCUCCGCUGUAUGUCCAGGUCUUACGGGAGCUGAAGGCCAUUCAGCCAAGGGCUAGUGGCCUAUGGAACUUUGAAGAAUUCAUGAAACUCCUGUGA